AGUUUUACGCUACGACACGAUUAAAUAAAUAAUUCAGUGUUUUCUUGGUUAUUUCUCUAAUUCCGAGCUUGGGAUAACUGGGAUAAUUGAGAUCUAAAUACAUUUUCAUAAUUAUUGACGGCUACUAUAAAAGAAAAUGUUUUAAAUUUUAGAAACAGAGAAGUCGCUAAGUGAUUCAACUUCUACAUUGACCCUUCGUGCCGACUAAAUCAAUAAUUCAGUGUUGUAGGCUUCACUUCCAAGCUAUAGAGACAAUAAUCUGUUUAAUUUAAGACGGAGAAGACUAUUGAGAUGAGUCAACAAAAUGAGUAUGGGCUGCAAUCUGAGUUUUCGACCCAACAAGACCAAUCUACAGGAUGGAAGAAUCCCUCUACUGUCAACACUCCUUCCGGCGGCAGCGGAGAAUUUUUGGAUCCAGAAAAUUUACAGCCAAAGAACUUUUCUUUUAACGAGGAGAGUGUUCGUAAAGGAUUCAUUCGUAAAGUCUAUCUUAUAUUAAUGGGACAGCUGUUUUUUACAUUUGGAGUGGUGUCUCUAUUUUUGUUUCAUAAACCAACUUUAGAGUUUACCCAACACCAUCCAGAAAUAGUUCUAGUGGCUUGUAUCACAACCUUAGUUGUUGUAAUAUCAAUGGCGUGUUGCGAGUCAGCACGGCGAACGUUCCCAGUAAAUUUCAUAUGUCUUGGAGUUUUCACAUUGGCAGAGUCAUUUUUAGUAGGCUCUAUAGCUGGACGAUACAAUUCCGAGUCGGUCUUUUUGGCGAUCGGUAUAACUGCGAUACUAUGUCUUGCAUUAACAAUAUUUGCAAUGCAAACAAAAUAUGAUUUUACUGUUUGCGGAGGGAUGCUUUUGGCUGCUAUGGUUUGCUUACUGUUGUUUGGCAUUGUGGGUUUGUUUUGGAGAACACACAUCAUGCAAACCAUUUACGCUGGCUGUGGCGCUAUGUUAGCAUGUAUAUUUCUUAUAUACGAUACUCAAAUAAUGAUGGGGGGCGAUCAUAAAUACAGCAUUAGCCCGGAGGAAUACAUAUUUGCCGCUCUUAAUCUGUACAUGGAUGUAGUCCGAAUAUUUAUAUAUGUUUUGCAAUUGAUUGGAAACAAAAAGUAGACCGCUUUCGCAAUUCUAAAGACUCAAGCUUAUGUUAUUUUUAGGAACUAUUUGUCAUUUGCCACGUAAUCGAUAAGCAACAUCAAACAAAGCUUGCAAAAAACUUUGAAAUAGAACUAAAGCGAAGUUAUAAAAUUCUUGGCAAUUUAUGACCGAUUCUUGGCAAUUUAUGAACUGUAAUAUAUUUUUAAAUAUUAAUAAACAAAAACAAACAAAUAAUUUUGUUUAUUUGUUAUAAGGUUAA